AUGAAGGCGAUUGGGGGGCCCCCCAAGACCGGGGGCCCGGGGCGGGCCGCCCCUUCCGCCCCUUCCGCCCCCCUGUCUCAAUCGAGGCAGGCUGGUGUCGUGUUGCCGUGUUGUCGUGACGGGAGGCCGUUGUCAGGCCCCGCCGGCUAUCUCUACAUCAGCGGGCUCGUUAUUAACGCCGACUUUCCUAAUUCAAUUAAAAUUAAUGACGAUGGCCGCGCCAACUCGAUGACUUAU